AUUUUCAGCCAACGAAGCUCCUUUUCCUAAAAGUGAUCUGAGCGGCUGAUUAGCCACUGGGUCGCUUUUAGAAGUAGCAGGAGGGGUCUGAUCCUCCCCUUCUUCCAGUAUCCCCCUCUUAUCUCCUGAUAAGACAUAUUCUGUGGAGUCACACUGCACAUGCUCAGUUUGGUGUGUAUUGCUAGAGAGGUUUUUUUUUCUUGCGAGAGUGAAUGUGAUCAGCACAGGGCCAAUCAGCACUGUCCAGACAGAGGUCAGGGGUUCUGCAUCCUCCUAGAGCAGGAAAAAAAAAAAACUCCUCCUAAAAGCUUUAACCAGUGCUCGGCUGGACACUGGUAGAAAGAAAAGGAAUUCAGCCAUUUAUAUUUACUAAAAUAAUUACACUUUCAUGUUGUGUGUACUGUGGGAGACCAGAUAUAGUGAAU